AUGUCGACCAGAAUCAGCAACGCCAGCAGUACGGGUGGGCCCAACCCGGCAUCCAACACAACCACCAUUACAAACAACAAUAAUAACAACAAUGAUUCACCGGACGUUCAAGUGACCGUUAAGGAUCUUCCGAUCGCGUUUAAGGUUAAAUAUCUUGGAAGCCAACCCGCCACAGGACUAUGGGGUAUCAAACACACAAGGCUACCGGUGGAUCAUUUAGUCAGCGUUGCCAAAAACUUACCUCCGAACCGAAUUCUUCCCUUUUGCAAUCUUACCGUCUCGCUCGACGGUGUCAAGAUCGAGUCAAUCACCUCGAAGCUAACGUCGGUGUCAAACUUUACGAUCGAUACGAUUUCGUACGGUGUGCAGGAUCUGGUGUACACGCGGGUCUUUGCAAUGAUCGUCGUGAAGGAGAACUACAAUCUGAAGGAAAAGAAUCCGUUCGAUGUGCAUGCGUUCGUGUGUGAUAGCAGAGCGAUGGCACGAAAGCUUACCUUUGCGCUGGCCGCCUCCUUCCAGGAUUAUUCGAAACGCGUGAAGGAGUCGGAGGAAAAGAACGGUGGCAGUGGGUGCGAUACGGAGAAAUCACUGCGCAAGAAGUUUGCCAUCGAUCUACGAACCCCGGAAGAGAUGCAACAAGACAUCACAGAGCAGGAGACGGAAGCGUGA